UACUGCUUACCCCGCACUAUAAACAAACGGGCAUAAACAAACAUAAUAGGUACUAGGAUCAGCUAGGAUUAGCUACCUCCUAGCUUUUUAGGCUUAUCGAUUAAGCUAAUUAAUGAAUUGCUAUCAUUUUGUUUGGCUCUCACUAAGGUUCCAUUCGGAGCACAAGCCGUCCAUAUCCAUUUCUUAUCCGCGAUCAACUUUUGUUUGCGCGGUUGUUUGUCGCGUCCCCCGUCUUACGUGACAGGUUCCUCACAUAGUCGUACCGAGGAUAUGGUGGUGGUGCAUUGUCUUUUGAAGAUACAACCAAUAUGAGGUUCAGAUCGGAUCUCAAGAACACGCGCACAUUCUCGAAAUUGGUGGCCGCUCUUUCGUCCCUCGAGAAGAUCGCCUGGUUGCGUCUUGACGAUGAUACCGUUCGCUUCACCGUGAUCCCGGAUACCGGGUCGCAAGUCUGGGCCUCGUUUUCUAUGGACUUCAUCUUCGACAACUAUGCCCUCCAAUCCGCCGAACCGAACAACACCAUCAACCUCGAACUACCCCUGGGACCUCUCCAGCGCGCCCUCAAGUCCGCUCUCAAUGGGGUCUCAGCGUCGAUCCGCCUGACCAAGAAAGAUGGUAUACCUGUACUGUCGAUGACAAUCACCACCACUGCUGCACCAACCAAAGAGCCCCAGGGUAUAGCCCGUCUCGGCGCUAUAGGCGCAAACCCCGGCGCCGGGAACCGAGGUAACUACGACGACGAAGACGGAGUCUUCGCCCACGAACCCCUCGAAACAAACCUGCACCGCGAGCGCGAAAAGAUCAUCACGCAGGACAUCCCCGUGCGAGUCCUACACCCCGACACCGUGGAAACCAUCAUGCAGCCCAAAGUCCGCGAACCCGACGUCCACAUCCAACUCCCCCCUCUCCUCCAACUCAAAGCAAUCUCCGACCGCUUCACCAAACUAGCCCUAGCCUCCCGCGUCUCCACAUCCUCCAACACAGCCUCAUCAUCAUCAUCAUCAUCCUACUCCCCCAAACUCGAGCUCAGCGCCAACAUGCACGGCGGCCUGCGCCUACGUCUCGACACCGACACCCUCAACGUCGAGUCUCAGUGGUCCGGGCUCGAGAACCCGGAGCUAGACCCCGCGCAGCUGCCGUGCGCGCUGGAGGAUCAUCCUAGCACGCGGUUCCGCGAGGCGGGGCCGGAGAAGUGGGCGACUGUGCGGGUGGAUGGCAGGGACUGGAGUAAAGUGUUAAGUGUGGGACGUCUGGAGGGCCGGGUUAUUGCGUGUUUUGCGGAUGAUCACGCGCUGAUUAUGUAUGUGUAUGUGCCGCAGUAUGAUGAUACGGGGGCGGAGGACUCGGUUGUCACGUACUAUGUGUCUUCGUAUAGCAUGUGAGUGAGUGAGUGAGUGAGUGUUACUCUGCGGGUAGGAGUUUAGGAGUAUUUGGCGGCGUCUUAUUUCCUUCAGUGCUAUUGGGGCAUUUGAGGGCUUGGAACGGAAUUGUAGAUGAAUAACAAUGCUGGCUUUGAAAUUUACGAGUUGCUUUAGGUUUUGUAGUUGCUGGAUAGGCUAUAGACUAUAGACUACUUGUAGAAUGAGACGCAAGUUGAUAUUACUGAGAAUACAUAAGACAUAAAUUUAGCUACUAGGCAA